AUGCGACUGGAGAAGUAAAUUAGCAGAUAAGGUAAUAGGGGGAGCAUGCGCGUUGCCCCCUGUACCAUGUGGGCCCUUUCAAUCUUUCCAGAAGCAGACGACGAGCAUCACCGGGACGCUUCUCACCCGCACCGCAUCCCUGCCACAUCCCCACUACACCACAGCACGGCGCAAUGGCUGGUGUAUUGAGAAGGUUCGUGCCCCUGUUUGACCGCGUGCUGGUGCAGAAGGCAGAGGUCGUCACCAAGACUGCCUCGGGCAUCCUGAUCCCGGAGAAGUCCCAGGCCAAGGUGCUGAUGGGCAAGGUGGUGGCAGUGGGCGAGGGGCAGCGCACAGAGAAUGGCAGCUUCAUCCCCCCAGUGGUGUCAGUUGGGGACGAGGUGCUGCUGCCGGAGUUCGGAGGCACGAAGGUGACGCUGGAGGAGAAGGACUACUUCCUCUUCAGGGACUCUGAGAUCCUGGCCAAGAUGAAGAACGAGUGAUCGCUGUCGCCGGUGCUUAUUUACUAACACAUUAAGAUGCCCAAGGUUUUCUACAAAGUGAAUAAUUCCAGCAAAUCUAUAGAGAGGUUUGCCUUCAGUUAUAGGACUUGAUUUUUUUAUAACUAAACGAUGUAUCUUUUUGUAGCAGCACGAGAGCAAGCUAACCAGUGGUGGGACGGUGUAUAGGCCAGGGUCUGAAUGAUUGUUAUCACCCCAUUUCAUGAAGAGCCAACAUUUCAUUAGUAUAUCAUCAUCAUGUGAUGUGCACAUAAAGAGUGUAAAUAACCUAGAAUAUGUGUUGAAAAUAUAUUGCUUGUUUUGA